CCCACAGUCAGACCAGCCCAAGAUGCCUUUGUGGUCAGAUGAGGCAAUGUGAGCGCUUCAAGCUCUAGAGGUCUCCAUCCAGCAUGCAGCAACAUCCACCUAUCGGGAUUCUUCCCCUCACUUUCUAGUGCAGCGGACAGCGGUAUAGGAAGGAGAGGAGAACGCUCAGAGCCACGGAGACAGAGGGAACCUGAGACAGGCACGCGUCCCGAACGACACAGAUAGGAAGGGAACUUUGAUUUGACGCGUGGCCGAUAAUGAUGAAAUUGACGAUACGAAAGAGCUGCAUUCCUUAGUGAAGGGAAUAAUGUACAUUUCGAGUGUUCCAAUAUAUGAUGUCCUUGGAUCCCUGCUCAUUGUAGAUUAUAUUUAAUUGCUCUCUCCUAUUUCUGAAAUCUUUCUUUAUUGUGAUUGUACACUUCGUUCACCCGCAUGAAUUUUAAGGCAGUCUGAGCGCAUUGUUUCCAGCUUCGUUGCAUGGGAUUUCCAGUCGUGUCGGGUGCGGUGAUGUCUGCAACAUUUCGCUCUUUGUUUCUGGUGCUACUGAGCCUGCUGACGGCCGGCGCCCAGACAGAAAUGAAGAGAGUCGUCGGAGACAACGCCACCCUGCCGUGCCACCAUCAGUUCUGGCAAUCCAAUGUGCAGUUGCUCGACAUCGAGUGGCUACUGCAGAAGCCCAACUCCAAGCAGAGAGUGAUCAUCACGUUUUUCGGGGGUCAGGUGUACACCAACGAGGUGACCAGCGGGACCAGUCGUCUGUCUUUCGCCGGGGACUACCUGAAAGGAGACGCCUCCCUGCUCCUCAGUGACCUACAGCUGACCGACUCUGGGGAGUACUACUGCAAGGUCAAGAUGGGGGGAAAGUACCACUGGAGCCAGGUUAACCUCAUAGUGCUGGUGAAGCCCUCUAAGCCACGAUGCUGGAUGGACGGCAGGCUGCUGGAGGGCAGUGAUGUUAAACUGAGCUGCAAAUCCAGUGACGGCUCAGACCCUAUCAAAUACAAUUGGGAGAGGGUGCUGGAUAAGGGAAAGAGUGUUGGGAACCUCCCCUUACUGGCACUGAGAGAUCUGAAGAAUCCAGAGAUCGUCACCCUGCGGAACCUGACGAAGGACAGUACAGGUGUCUACAAGUGCACUGCCAGCAAUGACGUUGGCGAGGAGAACUGCAUCAUCGAGGUCACCAUGCAGUAUGUUCGAGGGAUGGGCGUGCUGGCAGGUGCCGUGGUGGGCGUCUCCUUUGGUGUUCUCCUCAUCAUCCUAAUCAUCUGGCUCGUCUUCCGCAAGAAGGAGAAGAAGAAGUAUGAGGAGGAGGAGACUCCCAACGAAAUUAGGGAGGAUGCAGAGGCUCCCAAGGCCAAGCUGGUGAAGCCCAACUCUCUGUCCUCGUCCCGCUCUGGCAGCUCCCGCUCCGGGGCCUCCUCAACACAAUCCAUGGUGCACAACACCGCCCCCCACGGGCACCGCCCUCGGCCCCCAGCCAUAGCUGCCCUUAAGGAGAACGGACAGCACCCUGACUUCCCCCAGUCCCCCCCAGCAUACACUACGGUGGUACCCCCCAACAAGACCCCUGGGCCCCCUGGCACCCCCAAAUUCAACAUCAACUCCAGGAACCAGAUCUCUGGGCCCACUCCCCCCACUCUCAUGGUCCCUGCCCAGACCAAGGCCUUUCAAACUGUGUAGGAUGGAGAAGAAAGUCCAUCCUGGCUAUAUUGAUGUGUAAAACCCACCCACACCCCUUCAAAGACACAAACUCUUCCGUUAAACAACAAAAUGCAAGUAGUAAAAGGAUGUAAUUAAAAUAAUCAAUAAUAUAAAUCCCAAAACUUUUAAUGAAUGCAUACUUAAAAAGGGAAAAUAAGAAAUGCUUGCCCCCUACUGAAUAAAAAACAACAAAAACUAAAAAACAGACAGAACACAUUUCUGUUUAUGUCUCGUGGCUAAAUAACUUAUUUUCACACUUUUCGUUCUACUUUGAAGUCAUGGGAAGUCAUGGGAAGCAAUGAGCGAGCACAGCGCUGUGUGCGGUGAGGUGUAAGAAAACCCAGAGUGGAGCUUUUAUUUAUCAAAUCAAAAGGACAGGAAGAGUGCAGAGAAAAAGGAAGAAAGAAGGAAUGGGUUGAGAAAAGAGAAAUCCAAAGUCUGCGCCAGGUGCCGAUGGAGACACGCAGCUGACGACAUGACGGUGGGAUGAGGGCAUGAAAUACUGAGAGAGAACCACACCUCUUUAUUUUGGCCUAGUGGUGUCUCUGACUCAUCCAACCACACCACUCCCAACAGGCAUACACACCGACGCUUCCAGCCCCCACUACAACCACACACCCACAUACACACCCCUGGCUCUCUGACAGAGAGCAUGCUGUGUGCCCUGUAUGGAGAGAAACCGCUAGAUCAACCCUCUAGAACACAGGCGGCCGAUGGCACCUUAUUUGGAGAGGACGGGCUCAUAGUAAUGGCUGGAAUGAAAUACAUGGAAUGGUAUCGAACACGUCAAACACAUGGUUUCCGUGUGUGAUACUAUUAAAUGCACUCCAUUCCAGCCAUUAUGAUGAGCCGUCCUCCCCUCAGCAGCCUCCUGUGCUCCAGACUCUGUGAUGCUUUACGGACUCCAUGACGACGACUGAGGCACAUCAUGUUCCAUGGUCCUGACCCCAUUCAGAGAGCACCUCAUUUGCUUUUCUCAACAGGAGAAACUUUAGCCACAUUCAUAGGAUGUAGCACUGACAUGGUAAUCAGAGUUCUGAUGAAACUUUUAUUUUUCUCACCACAUCCUCUCUCAGCUCUGUAGAUUGGCAAUUCCAGUCCUCGGGGUCUAGAGUGCUGUCACUGUUCCCCAGUCCCUAGCAAACACAGCUGAUUAAACUAAUUGAAUUCUAAACUGAACAUCAUGAUUAGUUGAUUAUUGGAGUCAGGUGUGUUAGCUGGGGCUGGGGCAAAAGUGUGACACCAAUCAGGCCCCUGAGGACUGGCGUUACCAUCCCAUAUGGUACAGAAACUCUUCCCCAAAUUAGCAUAUGGAUGAAUUGGGUGUUAACAUACAGUAAAUAGAGAUACAUGACUGAAUAUACUGAAUAAUAAUAAUAACUUUAAGACAAGAUAGGUUUAAUAUCUAUUAUAUUUCAAUUUUACUGCCCCUACCAAGGCAUGUCUGGACAGGUUGUGAAGGGUGACAGACAGCUGUAUCUCAGCCUGAAGAAGUGCCACCAAUCCCCAGGGUGGGUCAUCGUUGCUUUUUUUACUCUUUUAUUUACCUCCACUGUUUUGCAAUGUUACGGAAACCAAAACCUGUCAAAAACUCUAUGAAUGUGUGUUGAACAAAGAUGGUCACUACGAUUAUUUUCUAUGCUUUGUAAGGUACUGAAUGGAAGGAAGCAAAACAAAGGUAGAGAGACACAAAUGACCUUGAAGUUAAUCCCCCAAAUACUGUGGAUGAUUGAAUAGAGGAAGGAGUAUGAUUCUAGGGACUUGUAUUGUACAGUGUGCAUGGUUCCACCCCUGGUAGGUACUCUCCUUGGAUCCACAACAACAGAGUGCCACUCGAUUACUGUCUCAUUGUUUUGAUGGCUUCUCUGUACAUUGGCCAGGCUUUGGCAUCAGCCAUCCCCUUUGUUGUACAUCUGUCUGACCCUGUGCAGUUUGAAUGAAGUAGGCUAUUUAGUGUGCCUUUGCAAUCCCUA